AUGGGUGAUAACGAAGGCUCAAAUCCUCCAUCCAAGCGAUAUAACACCAGGCCCAAAACAAAGAGCAGUUUUGUGGCCCUUGAGGAUAAAUAUUCAGCAUACAUUGUUGACACGAGCCCCAAGGUUGGUAAAAGAUCUAGAAAUUCAAUCAGUGCAGACUAUGCUGAGUACCAAAGGUAUGUACAUCCACAAAUGCUCCCAAGGACUGUACAACAUAACCAAAUUAGCCAGGAAUAUGGCUAUAGAAACAUACAGGGAUAUCAAAUGGCAGGUGAACCGAUGAACACGAUGGCUUUCAGAGGAAGAAUGAUUAACACGGGGUAUAACAACAUGUAUCAACCGAGUCAUGGGUCAACAAUGGCCCCGAACAUGAAUAUAAUGUAUAAGAAUCACCAGUAUGGUAUGCACAUGAACUAUCAAGGGGCUCAGAUGGCAAGCGCUAUGGUACCGCAGCCUCAGAACGUAAGAGUGGUGAACCAGAUGGUUUAUCCGCGGGACGCAUCUCCAUAUGGCAUCCCAAAUGAGCACUUUAACGCAAAUGUGAAUAUGCCAAUGAGAAUGAAUCAAGGUUAUAACGUUCCACACCAUUCAUUCGUGCCACACGCAGCUCAACAAGGUUAUGUUGGCACCAACUAUAACCCUAACCUGCAGUUUCCUAGGCCAACGCAGCCGGACCACGCCACUAAUGCUAUGGACACGAGUAACGUGGCACAAGGAUUCGGUGUUCAGAACGUACUGUACCAUCAAAGAGCAACGCCACUAAAAAGGGACGUGGAAAACAAGGUUGAAUUUUCGCCUAAACCCGAACAAGAAAAACACAUUCAAAGGGCACCCGAAGCGGAUGAAAUUAAAAGUUAUUUUAAAGCAGUAGAUGUCAUUCUCAAGGAUUUGUCAGAUGAUUCAAAGUUAGAAAGGUAUGAAGGUAGCUCAUUCGGAUGUGUGUCAAUAGUGGACGAGUUCAAACUCACAGACCCGUAUAGAAUGGUAAACAUAGAGUACGCUAUCACCCAAGAGCUGUAUUCGGAGAUCACACAGUACUUGGACUCCAUUAGCAAGUCGUAUGUUCAGUUGCCGCUCAACGUGCCUCAAAAUAGAAGAAACGGAAAUAGAGCCGGAAAUCGCGCACAAAAUCAGAAAAUUUUAACGGCAGAUGACGGCAAUGGAGAAUUGGACGACAAUACGAGUUCCGAGCCCACAGCCGACAAGGUGAACGAAAUCGAUCUUGAAUUCACAAACAAUAAUAUAAAGUUGAAGCACGAAAGGAAGAUAUGCCCUAUAACGAUAGACUCGUACAAGCAGCUUUCGCUGAACGAGGCGAGAAGUUUGAUGAGUUUGCUUAAGGACUCGAACGCAGUGAAGGCAAACCCCGUCGCCAAAAACAGAGUGAAGAUUAUAAUCAACAGCCACGACGACACAAACUAUAACUACUGGGUUUACUUCCCCGAGGACUCGAAUAAUGAGUAUGUUCUUAAGCACCAGUUUGGCUCCUUUGUGGCCAACGAUUUCUUGAACAAAAGGGUGCCGCUUUACACUAACGUGGAUUUUGGGAAGACUGACCCCUCGUUCCUGUUUGGCGGCAGCGCCAAUAGAAAAGUAACCAAGCUUUCACAUGUGUACGGGCAAGUUUCGAGAUCAUACGACCUUUUUCUCGCAAACUUAAACGGUAAUAUUAGCUUGGGGCUUUCAAAAAUUAUAUCUGAGUCUGAGAAAGAUAUAGGAAAGGCAAUACACACUCUAUCGAUUGGAUAUAAUACGAUAAUAAACUCGUUUAUAUCUUAUAUCACAGAUUCAGUCUCUAAAUGUAGUCAUUGCGUACAAUAUGUCGUUAAGGAAUUCGAUUUAAGUUACAUGAACCUUAAUAUAUUAUUUUCUGGUAAUUACGUAGGAUACUGCAAUUCGAUGUACGAUGUAUUCAACGAACUUUAUGAUUUUUCGUCCAUUGCUUAUUCUAAAAUUUUAAAAAGAUAUAAACGGUGGGUUGCUGUGGAAGUGGUUGACAUGGAUAAGUGUAUGAAGCUGAUGAGUUAUCCAAACUGGGAACUGUACUUCUAUAAUGUCACGUACGUUCUGACCGUAGAAUCAAUCAAGUUCUCGAGGAUUUCACUCUGUGUAAUACAAUUUUUAUCACUCAUAUAUGUACCAUAUUGCUGUCACGUUUUCAUCACAACUCCGAAAUCUGACCCGUACUAUAAUAACUACACUGUAAAGGAUUGGAUUUUUACAUAUUUAGUUUUUUCUUUUAGACGUUACGGCAGUAUCAUAGAGUCAUAUUAUAUGAUGAUCGUCUUGACAUCAUACUUUAUAGAUAAUAUUAACAGGGGUAAGCUGGUUUCAGGCAUGACAAAGGUUGAAUUAAUUGGCUAUAUUGAUUAUUCUUGUUGGUUAAUUAAGUUAUCAAAUGACAAAAUUAAAAAAUUCAGGGAUGUCAUAGGAAGAAAAAAUAUUUUAAGAUGUAAAGAGAGUAUGACAAGAAAGCUGUCAUCGUUGUCGUUAAAAUCAUUGAUCACACUUGACAAAUUAACCAUGAAAAUUUACUUAGAUACAAUUAUAAUGAAACAAGCCAGGUUUUUAAUUUUGCUAAGGGAGUUAAGCAAAAAAAUGCUAUACGAUGCAGUUGACGAGUGUAAGUCCAAAGGCAUACAUUACAUCAAACUGGACGAUGAAAGAAUAGGAAUAGAUAUCACAGAUUCAGUAUCGGAAUGUUAUCAAGAUGUUAAUCGAUGCAUUAGUGACAUAUUAUCUGGUAAAUGUAUACCAUCUGACAGUAAUAUAGAAUUUAAGAUAAAAUGUAUUGAAUUUACUGAUUGUUUACUCAACAAUGUUUCAAGGUUUUCAUCCCGUGUACGUUCUAAUGUUAAAGCAAAAUAUAAAAAAUACAUAUCUGUAAUGGUUGAUUCUAGUACGUGUGUUCAAUUAAUGAAUUCGGCUAAAUGGGAUGUUUAUUUUUCAAAUUUUGUAUUUUUGCUAACUAAAGAAUCAAUUAGAUUCUCAGUUGUUUCGGUAUGGAUGAUACAAAUGUUAUCCUUUAUAAUUCGGGGUAACAAAUAUUCAAUUCAGUACAACUACGAUAAAUUUGAUUACGAGACUUCUAAUGAUUGUUUUCUUCGUAUCAAAAACCUUAUUAGCGAUAUUGAUAACUUAUUUUGGUUAAGAUCAUUUGAGUGUAAUUCUCACAUGUACUUAAACAUGUUCACUAACCAAAUGGUAUAUAAUCGUUUUUAUAUAAACACAAAUCCUUCAUCAUUAAUAAGUAAAAUACUUGAAAAUGAGCACUAUUGUGAAAUGUUUAAUAGUAUAAAUGAUUAUUUUAUUAAUACUAGAAAUGACCUUUAUUCAUUUUUUUCUAAUAGGUGUUCUGGCUUGUUUUUUUAUGAUGAUCUAGAUGAUAACAAAAAACACCAACCAAUCAAUUUAAGAAGUCAUUAUAUUAAUAUACUUGAAUAA